AUGUCGGCCUCAGACCGCUUCAUGAAAUUCUCUGCCCUGCCCCCUGAACUUCGUCUUCAGGUUUGGGCUGAAGCGCUCUCAGUUCGAACCGUCUGCGCUGUAACUCGCAAUCCCGCCGGCGACCAUGCGCCGAUCAUCAUGGCUUAUGUUGGCCCGGCGCCGUAUUUAGCUGGGCUGUCUUGCAAGGAGGCCCGGCGAGUACUGAAGCAAACACACGUAAUGUUUUCUCGGGGGCCAAACGCCGGUGUUCACUGGGUCAACAUGGACCAAACAGUCAUUUACCUUGGCAAUCGUACUGCUGCUGUAUCAGUUCUAGACGGCUUUCGGAGUGAUGAUUUGUCUAGGUUCAAACAUGUCGCUCUUCUGUGGGACACGUUCGAUGAACUCGCUAGACUUUGCAUGCGUCUGGCGAAGGAAUGUCCGUCUCUUUGCACUAUCAUUAUACAUGAAGUUGUAGGUGCAACCGAGACCGGCGUUAGGAUCAGAAUGCCUCGCUCUCAGCCUUUGACUCUAGAGGCGGCCCUAUACUAUGCCUCUAUUCUCGCACACACUGGUUCUGAAUUGGGACACAAAAGGCUGGACACCAAUUACUUCCGGUCGCUCCUCUUGGAAUACUUUGAUGCUUCACGUCCACGAAUACAUUUGUUGCCGUCGAACCCGGCCGAUGCCUCCUAACGCCUUGUUUCAAAUGAUGGCGCCGAAGGGGGUUAUGAACUCAGACUCGACAGGGCCGACAGUUAUUUGCCGCUAU